AUGUAUCCCGAAAACACAGGCGACAUCAUUGACACAGGUGUCAUCAUUGACACAGGUGACAUCAUUAACACAGGUGACAUUGACACAGGCGACGUCAUUGACACAGGUGACAUCAUUGACACAAGUGACAACAUUGGCACACGUGACGAUAUUGACACAGGUGACGACAUUGGCUCAGGUGACAUCAUUGACACAGGUGACAUCAUUGACACAGGUGACGUCAUUGACACAGGUGACAACAUUGGCAGAGACGACGUCAUUGGCACAGGUAACAUCAUUGGCACAGGUGACGUCAUUGGCGCAGGUGACGACAUUGACACAGGUGACGACAUUGACUCAGGUGACAUCAUUGGCACUGGUGACAUCAUUGGCACAGGUGACAUCAUUGACACAUGUGACGACAUUGACAUAGGUGACGUCAUUGACUCAGGUGACGUCAUUGACACAGGUGACAACACUGGCACAGGUGACAACAUUGGCACAGGUGACAACAUUGGCACAGGUGACGUCAUUGGCACAGGUGACAUCAUUCGCACAGGCGACAUCAUUGACACAGGUGGCAUCAUUGACACAGGCGACAACAUUGGCACAGGUGACAUCAUUGGCACAGGUGACAUCAUUGACACAUGUGACGACAUUGACAUAGGUGACGUCACUGACUCAGGUGACGUCAUUGACACAGGUGACAACACUGGCACAGGUGACAACAUUGGCACAGGUGACAACAUUGGCACAGGUGACGUCAUUGGCACAGGUGACAUCAUUCGCACAGGCGACAUCAUUGACACAGGUGACAUCAUUGACACAGGCGACAACAUUGGCGCAGGUGACAUCAUUGACACAGGUGACGACAUUAGCUCAACUGACAUCAGUGACACAGGUGACAUCAUUGACACAGGUGACAUCAUUGGCACAGGUGACAUCAUUGACACACGUGACGACAUUGACCCAGGUGACACCAUUGACACAGGUGACAUCAGUGACGUCACGGGCACAGUUGACAUCACAGGCACAGGCGACGUCAUUGACACAGGUGACAUCAUUGACACUGGUGACGUCACUGACACAGGUGACGACAUUGACACUGGUGACGACAUUGACUCAGGUGACGUCAUUGGCACAGGCGGCGUCAUUGGCACAGGUGACAUCAUUGACACAGGUGACGACAUUGACCCAUGUGACAUCAUUGACACAGGUGACAUCAGUGACACAGGUGACAUUGACACAGGCGACGUCAUUGACACAGGUGACAUCACUGACACAGGUGACAACAUUGGCACAGGUGACGACAUUGACACUGGUGACGACAUUGACUCAGGUGACGUCAUUGACACAGGCGACGUCAUUGGCACAGGUGGCUUCAUUGACACAGGUGACGUCAUUGACACAGGUGACGACAUUGACACAGGUGACGACAGUGACUCAGGUGACGUCAUUGACACAGGUGACAACAUUGGCACAGGCGACUACAUUGGCACAGGGGACAUCAUUGACAUAGGUGACAUCAUUGGCACAGGUGACAACAUUUGCACAGGUGAUAUCACUGGCACAGGCGACACCAUUGGCACAGGUGACAUCAUUGACACAGGUGACGUCACUGACACUCGUGACAUCAAUGACAUCGUCAAUUUGAACCAUGAAACCCAGCAAACAGUCGAACGAAACACCUGA